AUGGCCAGAGGAAGAGAGGCUGAACAAGUACAAGCGAACUGGGAGUGUAGACGGCGGCCGCAGUUGCUUGAGAUUCAUUUCGGGCAUUACUCAGACAUGAGUUUGGGUGUUUUGGCACUUGGAAACAUCGCGUCUUCUUUUUUCCUCGUUGGCCCCAUCUCCGGCUCAGUCUCUGCGCGAGAAGUCUACGGCUUUGGAUACAACUACGCCUUAAGUGGAGACCAGGCCGUGUUGUCUUUCGACAUAAAAGCGGAUCUACGGGGUCUUUUUCAGUGGAACGCGAAGCAACUGUUUGUGUUUGUGGUUGCGGAGUAUGAGAGUCCACAGCACCCGACAAACCAAGUGGUUGUAUUUGACAGAAUUAUAACAAACGAAAGCGAAGCAGUUCUGGAUUUAGCUAAUGUCCCUGCGAAGUAUCAUCUGCGAGACAAAGGCAAGGGAUUGAGGGGCAGAGAAAUAACACUGAAACUGCAAGUUGUAUACCACCCCAUAGUUGGUCGUAUAUACACCCAAACCGUUGCAUCCUCCACUUUCCGCAUGCCAGCGCAAUACGAUCGUAUCUCACAACAAAAACAGCAAGAGCAGCAGCGGCAGCAGGCAAGGGAGGCUGCAGAAGCAGCAGCAGCAAGGCCAGAAGAUCUCCAAUAG